AUGCCUGGGCCGUACCAAGUGUGAGCGCAGCCAGAGGGGGAGUCAGAAGAAAAACAGAUCAGACCAGAGCAGACAAUAGGGCCCUAAAGUGUUCCCCCUAAGUUGCUUUGAUGUUGUCCUGGUGUCUUGAUACCAGGAGGCCAGGGAUUGCAGGCAAAGGGUCUUUUUUUUGUCUCCCUUCACUUUUCCCCCUCAGUUUCUGAAAUGAUUCUCCAGAAUUUCUCCUCAUAAAAAAAAGGCGUGAGUGUGAAACUAGCUGGUGUCAUUCCACUUUGACCUCAUCGUUCCCUUCUGUGUGGCUGGGAUUGUUCUUAGAAAGCUCUUCAGUGUCCUCAUGUAGAAGAUAGAGCAAAUUGGACAUCUUGAAAGUGACGGUCACCUUGGGGCACAGAGCUCCUGGAUGCCUCUUCCAGGAUGAACUCCACAGUAUUGUGACCCUUGGGGUUUGGUGUGCCCUGGAGAUGCGAGAUUUUCCUUGUGCAGUAGGAGGCACACACCCAGAGAAUGCAGGAGCUUCGAGAGGAAAGGACCUACUUCCACAGCGGAGAAAAACAAAGAGGAAAAAGGCACACAGGCGGCCAGUGCUAAGGGACACACCAAGGAGACCUUGGGCCCGGGCCCCUGCCCCUGCCCCUGCCCCCACACCCAGCAGCUGCUCUGGCUGCAGCCCGAGAGGAACUCGGGGAGCCAUCCCUGUGUGUGAUUGCAAGCUCAGGGUUUCAAUCAAUGCAUUCCAGUAACCCUAAAGUGAGGAACUCUCCAUCAGGAAACACACAGAGUAGCCCCAAGUCAAAGCAGGAGGUGAUGGUUCGUCCCCCUACAGUGAUGUCCCCAUCUGGAAACCCCCAGCUGGAUUCCAAAUUCUCCAAUCAGGGUAAACAGGGGGGCUCCGCCAGCCAAUCCCAGCCAUCCCCCUGUGACUCCAAGAGUGGGGGCCACACCCCUAAAGCACUUCCUGGCCCAGGUGGGAGCAUGGGGCUGAAGAAUGGGGCUGGAAAUGGUGCCAAGGGCAAGGGGAAAAGGGAGCGAAGUAUUUCCGCCGACUCCUUUGAUCAGAGAGAUCCUGGGACUCCAAACGAUGACUCUGACAUAAAAGAAUGUAAUUCUGCCGAUCACAUCAAGUCCCAGGAUUCACACACACCACACUCUAUGACCCCAUCCACUGCAACAGCCCCCAGGUCUUCCACUCCCUCUCACGGCCAAACUACUGUCCCCGAGCCCACGCCUGCGCAGAAGACGCCAGCCAAAGUGGUGUAUGUGUUUUCUACUGAGAUGGCCAAUAAAGCUGCAGAAGCUGUAUUGAAGGGCCAAGUUGAAACCAUCGUCUCUUUCCACAUCCAGAACAUCUCCAACAGCAAGACAGAGAGAAGCACAGCCCCUCUGAACACACAGAUACCUGCCCUGAGGAACGAUCCCAAACCUCUUCCACAGCAGGCCCCGGCCCCGGCCGCCCCGGACCAGAAUUCUUCCCAGAACACCAGACUGCAGCCAACUCCACCCAUUCCGGCACCAGCACCCAAGCCUGCCGCACCCCCACGUCCCCUGGACCAAGAGAGUCCUGGGGUGGACAGUAAACUAAUUCCUCCAGUGGGCAGCCCUGCCAGCACCACUCCACUGCCCCCAGACGGUACUGCGCCAAACUCGACGCCCAACAAUCGGGCAGUGACCCCCGUGUCCCAGGGGAGCAGCAGCUCUUCAGCAGAUCCCAAAGCCCCCCCACCUCCACCAGUGUCUGGGGGUGAACCCCCCACGCUGGGAGAGAACCCUGACGGCCUGUCUCAGGAGCAGCUGGAGCACCGUGAGCGCUCCUUACAAACUCUCAGAGACAUCCAGCGCAUGCUCUUCCCUGAUGAGAAAGAAUUCACAGGCGCUCCAAGUGGGGGACCCCCACAGAACCCUGGAGUACUAGAUGGACCUCAGAAAAAACCAGAAGGGCCAAUACAGGCCAUGAUGGCUCAAUCCCAAAGUCUAGGUAAGGGGCCUGGGUCCCGGACAGAUGUGGGAGCUCCAUUUGGCCCUCAAGGUCAUAGAGAUGUCCCCUUUUCUCCAGACGAAAUGGUUCCACCUCCUUUGAACUCUCAGUCGGGGCCCCUUGGCCCCGACCACCUGGAUCACAUGACUCCGGAGCAGAUCGCAUGGCUGAAGCUGCAGCAGGAGUUCUAUGAGGAGAAGCGGCGGAAGCAAGAGCAGGUGGUGGUGCAGCAGUGCUCCCUGCAGGACAUGAUGGCCCACCAGCACGGGCCCCGAGGCGUGGUCCGAGGGCCUCCCCCGCCCUACCAGAUGGCCCCUGGGGAAGGCUGGGCCCCUGGGGGCGCAGAGCCCUUUCCAGACGGCAUCAACAUUUCACACACUCUGCCUCCACGGGGCAUGGCCCCCCAUCCCAGCAUGCCAGGCAGCCAGAUGCGCCUCCCUGCCUUCGCUGGGAUGAUGAACUCCGACAUGGAGGGGCCCAGUGUCCCCAGCGCUGCUCCUCGACCGGGGCUUUCUGGAGUCAGUUGGCCAGACGAUGUGCCCAAAAUCCCAGAUGGUCGAAAUUUCCCUCCUGGCCAGGGUGUCUUCAGUGGUCCUGGACGAGGGGAGCGCUUCCCGAACCCCCAAGGUUUGUCAGAGGAGAUGUUCCAGCAGCAGCUGGCGGAGAAGCAGCUGGGGCUCCCCCCGGGGAUGAGCAUAGAAGGCAUCCGGCCUGGCUUGGAGGUGAACAGGAUGGUGCCGGGCUCCCAGCGCCACCUGGAGCCUGGGAACAACCCCAUCUUCCCUCGGAUUCCAGUGGAGGGGCCCUUGAGCCCUUCCCGGGGGGACUUUCCCAAAGGAAUGCCUCCCCAGCUCGGCCCUGGGCGGGAGCUCGAGUUUGGGCUGGUUCCUGGGGGGCUGAAAGGGGAUGUCAGUCUCAAUGUCAGCAUGGCGUCCGGCUCUCAGAUGAUACCUCAGAAGAUGAGAGAGGCUGGGGCAGGCCCUGAGGACAUGCUGAAGUUACGGCCGGGGAGCUCAGACAUGCUGCCUGGCCAGCAGAAGAUGGUGCCCCUGCCGUUUGGAGAACACCCACAGCCCGAGUACGGCAUGGGUCCCCGGCCCUUCCUGCCCCUGUCUCAAGGGCCAGGCAACAACAGUAGCUUGCGGAACCUCAGAGAACCUGUUGGGCCCGACCAAAGGACUAACAGCCGGCUCAGCCACGUGCCACCACUACCUCUCAACCCUUCCAGCAACCCCACGAGCCUCAACCCCGCCCCACCCAGCCAGCGGGGCCUGGGACGGAAGCCCUUGGAUAUCGCCGUGGCAGGAAGCCAGGUGCAUUCCCCAGGCAUGAAUCCUCUGAAAUCGCCCACCAUGCACCAAGUCCAGUCCCCGAUGCUGGGCUCCCCCUCGGGGAACCUCAAAUCUCCUCAGACUCCCUCACAGCUGGCAGGCAUGCUGGCAGGCCCGGCUGCUGCUGCUUCCAUUAAGUCCCCCCCAGUCUUGGGGUCUGCUGCUGCUUCGCCUGUUCACCUCAAGUCUCCAUCGCUCCCUGCCCCGUCACCCGGAUGGACCUCUUCCCCCAAGCCUCCCCUCCAGAGUCCCGGGAUCCCUCCAAACCACAAGGCACCUCUCACCAUGACCUCGCCAGCCAUGCUGGGGAGUGUGGAGUCAGGUGGCCCCCCACCUCCUCCCACCGCCAGCCAGCCUGCCUCUGUGAAUCUUCCUGGAAGUCUUCCCUCCAGCACGCCGUACACCAUGCCUCCCGAGCCGACCCUCUCCCAGAACCCGCUCUCCAUUAUGAUGUCUCGAAUGUCCAAAUUUGCAAUGCCUAGCUCCACCCCAUUAUACCACGACGCCAUCAAGACCGUGGCUAGCUCGGACGACGACUCCCCACCCGCUCGCUCUCCCAAUCUGCCGUCAAUGAAUAACAUGCCAGGUCCAAACCCCGUGGUUCCAAUGCCAACCCUCAGUCCGAUGGGAAUGACCCAGCCGCUCUCUCACUCCAGUCAGAUGCCCUCUCCGAACGCCAUGGGAUCCAGCAUUCCUCCUCACGGGGUCCCCGUGGGGCCUGGCCUGAUCUCCCACAACGCCAUCCUGGGGCACGCGUCCCAGGAGCCUCCGAUGGGGCCGCAAGGUCGCAUGGGCUUCCCCCAGGGCUUCCCUCCGGUUCAGUCUCCCCCCCAGCAAGUCCUGUUCCCCCACAACGGCCCCAGUGCAGGCCAGGGCAGCUUCCCCGGAGGGAUGGGCUUCCCGGGCGAAGGCCCGCUCGGCCGCCCUGCCAACCUAGCCCAAAGUUCAGCAGACACAGCACUUUGCAAGCCUGGAGGCCCCGGGGGUCCCGACUCCUUUGCCGUCCUGGGGAACAGCAUGCCUUCGGUGUUUACAGACCCCGACCUGCAGGAGGUCAUCCGGCCCGGGGCCACGGGGAUCCCCGAGUUCGACCUGUCGCGCAUCAUCCCAUCCGAGAAGCCCAGCCAGACGCUGCAGUACUUCCCCCGCGGGGAGGUCCCCGGCCGCAAGCAGCCCCCGGGGCCCGGGCCCGGCUUCGCGCACAUGCAGGGGAUGAUGGGCGACCAGGCCCCCCGGAUGGGGCUGGCCCUGCCCGGCAUGGGGGCGCCCGGGCCCGUGGGCACCGCGGACAUCCCCCUGGGCACAGCGCCCUCCAUGCCGGGCCACAACCCGAUGAGGCCCCCGACCUUCCUCCAGCAGGGCAUGAUGGCCCCGCACCACCGCAUGAUGUCACCAGCAGCCUCGUCCAUGCCGGGCCAGCCCGCCCUGAUGAGCAACCCGGCCGCCGCGGUGGGCAUGAUCGCCGGCAAGGAGCGCGGCCCCGCCGGCCUCUACGCGCACCCGGGGCCCGUGGGCUCCCCGGGCAUGAUGAUGUCCAUGCAGGGCAUGAUGGGACCCCAGCAGAACAUCAUGAUCCCCCCACAGAUGCGGCCCCGGGGCAUGGCCGCCGACGUGGGCCUGGGCGGCUUCAGCCAGGGCCCCGGGAACCCAGGCAACAUGAUGUUCUGAGCUGCUACUCCAGGCCAGAUGCGGCCACGCGUGUCCGGAGGAGACUGCGGGCCGGCCCGCCACGGGGAGGGCGGCUCCAGAAUGUACACAUUCGCCCGGGAAACAGUGAGUCGUGUCGUCGACAGGGGGUUUGCUUUGUUGUUUGUUUUCUUCAGAUUUAUUUUUUAAAGGUUUAUUUUUGUGGACGUGGGCCCC